CUCAACAUGGACGGCAGGGGGAGGAGAGGAACCAACGGGUCGCUCAAACGGUCAUCCGUCAAACGCAGCGCGUCCUCUGCAUCGCAGAAGACUCAGCGUGCGUGGAUUGAGAGAACCUUCCAGAAAAGAGAUUGCAUCCAAGUUCUCCCCAGCAGAGACGCCAGCAGAUGCGCUUGUGGCCUGCCGGUGACGCAGCACACCUACACCCCUCCGGAGCCUAACGAAGAGGGAGCCCCCCUGGUUCAGCUUGAGGUCCAACUGGCGGAGAGAUGGAACCCGGCGAAACACACCCAGAGCUCACCCACCGACGCCUACGGGGUCAUCGAGUUCCAGGGCGGGGGACAUGUCAACAAGGCCAUGUACAUCCGGGUCUCAAAUGACUCUAAGCCGGACCACCUACUCCACCUGAUGGUAAAGGAGUGGCAGCUGGAGCUCCCCACGCUGCUCAUCUCGGUCCACGGGGGCCUGCAGAACUUUGACCUGCCCCCCAAACUCAAGCAGGUCUUCGGUAAAGGACUAAUCAAAGCCGCAGUGACCACUGGAGCCUGGAUCUUCACUGGAGGCGUCAGCACCGGAGUGAUCCGCCACGUUGGAGAUGCUCUCAAAGACCACUCGUCCAAGUCCAGAGGGAAGGUGUGUGCCAUCGGCAUCGCACCGUGGGGCAUCAUUGAAAACAAGGAAGACCUCAUUGGGAAAGAUGUGACUCGUCCCUACCAGACCAUGUCCAACCCGCUCAGCAAGUUGUCGGUCCUAAACAGCAGCCACUCCCACUUCAUCCUGUCCGACAACGGGACCGCCGGAAAGUACGGCGCCGAGGUCCGACUCCGCCGGCAGCUGGAGAAACACAUCGCCCUGCAGAAGAUCAACACGCGUCUGGGUCAGGGCGUCCCUGUCGUGUGCCUGAUCUUGGAGGGGGGUCCCAAUAUUAUCUCCAUUGUGUUGGAGAGCCUGAGGGAGGAGCCUCCGGUCCCUGUGGUCGUCUGUGACGGCAGCGGCCGAGCCUCUGACAUCAUCUCCUUCGCCCACAGAUACUGCGGCGAAGAUGGGUUGCUGAGUGACAGCGUCAAAGAUCAGCUGCUGGUCACUAUCCAGAAGACCUUCAACUACUGCCGUAGCCAGGCGCAGCAGAUCUUCCUCAUGGUGAUGGAGUGCAUGAAGAAGAGAGCCCUGAUCACAGUGUUCCGCAUGGGCUCAGAGGGACUUCAGGACAUUGAGAUGUCCAUCCUGACAGCUCUGCUCAAAGGUACCAACGCGUCGGCGUCCGACCAGCUGAGUUUGGCUCUGGCCUGGAACCGGGUGGACAUCGCUCGCAGUCAGAUCUUCGUGUACGGUCACCACUGGCCCCCUGUGAGCUCCUCCCCCAGCGACCGGCCCAAGAGUCCGAUGGCCCAGCGAGCGCCAGCGGGAGGCGUGAAGGGGAAAGGCCGGGUAAAGAAAGGAAAGGGGGGCAAAACCAAACCGGAGCCCCCAGAGGAGACCGACCCCAGGAAGCUAGAGCUGCUUAGCUGGGUGAACUCCCUGGAGCAGGCCAUGAUGGACGCUCUGGUGCUGGACCGGGUGGACUUUGUGAAGCUGCUGAUCGAGAACGGAGUGAACAUCCAUCACUUCCUGACCAUUCCUCGCCUGGAGGAGCUGUACAACACGAAGUUGGGACCGACCAACACGUUGCACUUUGUGGUGAGGGACGUAAAAAAGGGGAACCUCCCUCCAGACUAUCAGAUCACGCUGAUCGACAUCGGCCUGGUGCUGGAGCUGCUCAUGGGCGGCGCCUACCGCUGCAACUACACCAGGAAGAGCUUCAGGGCGCUGUACACCAACCUGUACGGCCUCAAGCGACCUAAAGCUCUAAAGCUUCUUGGAAUGGAGGACGACGAGCCCCGGGCGAAGGGAAAAGGCAAGAAGAACAAGAAGAAGGAAGAGGAAGUGGACAUCGACGUGGACGACCCGGAGGUCUGCAGGUUUCAGUACCCGUUCCACGAGCUCAUGGUGUGGGCCGUGCUAAUGAAGCGCCAAAAGAUGGCGCUGUUCCUGUGGCAGCGGGGGGAGGAGGCCAUGGCAAAGGCCCUGGUGGCCUGCAAGCUCUACAAAGCCAUGGCCCACGAGUCCUCUCAGAGCGAGUUGGUAGAAGACAUCUUCCAAGACCUGGAGAACAACUCAAAGGAGUUUGGUCAGCUGGCCUACGAACUGCUGGAUCAGUCCUACAAACACGAUGAGCAGGUGGCCAUGAAGCUGUUGACCUACGAGCUGAGCAACUGGAGCAACUCCACCUGCCUGAAGCUGGCUGUUGCUGCCAAGCACAGAGACUUCAUUGCACACACCUGCAGCCAGAUGCUGCUGACGGACAUGUGGAUGGGCUGCCUGAGCGUGGGCAAGAGCAACUGCCUCAAGGUGAUUCUGGGGAUCGUCUUUCCUCCUGCAAUUCUGCUGCUGGAGUUUCGUUUGGGAGACGAAGGUUCGUUUCAUUCGUCCAAAGAGAACAAGGAGGUUAAAACCAAAGAGGUGGACACUAAAUCCAAGAAGGACGCCGUCUCCAACGUUGACGCUGCAUCAAAGAAAGAAGAUGAAGAAGAGGAGCAGAAGAAUCACAAGAGGAGGAUUCCCAUCGGGAGGAAGAUCUACGAGUUCUACAACACUCCGUACACCAAGUUCUGGUUCAACACGAUCUCGUACCUGGUGUACCUGAUGCUGUACAACUACAUCAUCCUGGUGAAGAUGGAGCGAUGGCCAUCUUUGCAGGAGUGGAUCGUCAUCUCUUACAUCAUCACUCUGGGACUGGAGAAAGUCAGACAGAUCCUGAUGUCGGAGCCGGGGAAGCUGAAGCAGAAGAUCAACGUGUGGCUGGAGGACUACUGGAACAUCACUGACCUGGCAGCCAUCUCCGUCUUCCUGCUGGGUUUGCUGCUGCGGCUGCAGAGCGAGCCCUCCAUGGGCUAUGGCCGUGUCAUCUACUGCGUCGACAUCAUCUUCUGGUACAUCCGGGUCCUGGACAUCUUUGGGGUCAACAAGUACCUGGGGCCCUACGUCAUGAUGAUUGGAAAAAUGAUGAUCGACAUGCUGUACUUUGUGGUCAUCAUGCUGGUGGUGCUGAUGAGCUUCGGCGUGGCUCGACAGGCCAUCCUCCACCCGGACGAGGAACCAACGUGGCGUCUGGCCCGAAACAUCUUCUACAUGCCGUACUGGAUGAUCUACGGAGAGGUGUUUGCAGACUCCAUAGACCGUAAGACUAGAGUCCAUAUGUACGCGAUGGAGAUCAAUCCUCCGUGUGGAGACAACAUGUACGAUGAAGACGGGAAGAAGUUUCCUCCCUGCAUCCCCGGAGCCUGGCUCACGCCCGCCAUCAUGGCCUGCUACCUGCUGGUGGCCAACAUCCUGCUGGUCAACCUGCUCAUCGCAGUCUUCAACAACACCUUCUUCGAGGUAAAGUCCAUCUCCAACCAGGUGUGGAAGUUCCAGCGCUAUCAGCUGAUCAUGACCUUCCACGACCGCCCCAUCCUGCCCCCCCCCCUCAUCGUCAUCCCCCAUAUCUAUAUCCUGCUGAAGAGGCUGUGCUGCCGCUGCAGCCGGAGGCCGGAGGGAGACCGCUACGACCGCGAGAGGCGACUCCAGCUGGUGCUGAGCGUUGAGGAGCUGAAGAACCUGCACGAGUUUGAGGAGCAGUGUGUGGAGGAGUACUUCAGGGAGAAGGACGACGAGAAGCAGUCUUCUAACAACGAGAGGAUCCGAGUGACGUCUGAGAGGGUGGAGAACAUGUUCAUGCGUCUGGAGGAGGUGAACGAGAGGGAGCACUCCAUGAAGGCCUCCCUGCAGACGGUGGACCUCCGCCUUGCCCAGAUGGAGGAGUUCUCCAGCCGCAUGAUGAACGCCCUGGAGAAGCUGGCGGGCGUUGACCGGGCCCAGCUGGUCCGCCAGCACUCCAGGACCUCGUCGGUCUGCGAGCCGGCUCAGCUGCUGCUGAGACACGGCAGCAUGAACAGCGGCGACGGGUACAGUCUGUACCGAUACCAGCUGGACCAUGAGGACCGCAUCUCCGUGUCCGGAGAGGGCGAGGGAACCGACAAGAAGGACCAGCUGAGUCCAGAGAGAAGCCACACCACAGCUGAGGUGAAGGAGUUUGGCUCGACUCUGGAGGUUACAGGUCUGAAGGAAAGGACGCAGUCUCUGUCCAACGUUGACAUCCUAAUUGUUCCCUGCGACCCUGACCUCCGAUCCCCCGACCCGGAGCCAGCGCCGGCCCUGUCCGACGUGACGGACGCUGAGGGGGAGAAACCCAGGCUGGAGGCGGCAGUGUCCUUUCCUUCAGAGAGGUCAAAGGCCCCCCAGUAUUUGUCCCAUCCGACCCUCGGCGGCGUAACCUCCUCCGAUUGGAUGUCCAGCAGCAACAUGGCUGUCUGCAGCGCCGGUUCGACCGGUUUGAGCCCCCCGGGAUCACGGCGGGCGUCCGCAUCUCUUAGCAUGCCUCAGCGUCCCUCCCCCCGAGUCAUGGCGGAGGGGAACGAGGUCAACGAAACCAAUCAGAAAACGGAGGAAAUAUCAACGCCACCUUCAGGCGGGGAUCACGGGGUCGAGACGAUGGACCGUAACCACGGUAAUGGAGGAGGAAGGAGUGUUGAGGAGGAGGAGUUGCUGAUGGUGGAGGACAGGAUGUACCCGACGCUGCGCUCCAAGAGUCUGAACACCAACCCGAGGAAGACAAGAACAAAGAAGGAGACCGGGGAGACGCCUCUCUCAGCCAGCAGCGUCACAGACCUCAGCGGGGGGGUCACGGAUCAGAACCAGGUCCAGAGACUCUGAGAGUUGAUUCAAAAGGAAUGAGGUGACGCCGAGCUGUAGAGAAACGCUAAAAACACCAUCUCAGGGCUCUUCAUGACCUCACAAACAAUAUGAUAAUAUUAUUGUUAUCAUUUACUGCUUGUUAUGAAACAUCUUGUGAGAGAACAUAAACAAGCUGAUCACUUGUAGUCAUUUUACAAUCAAUGUUAGAAGAUUAAUAAACAACAUUCUGCAGAAUAAUGUUCUGUUCUUGUAAUGUUCCGAGACUUUCUUGUAAAAUAUGCAGCUAUAGAGUCAUAUUUAGCUCCUCCUCCUCAUCCCGACUCGCCAAACGUGCAACCGGAUCACACUAAGUCAAGCUGCGCCUUGUGUUCUACUGUUGUGUAAUAGCCCUUUGGUGCCUGCCGCUCAAAUGUUGUGUUGUUUACUCUGUAGCUGCCAUGACAACAAGGAGCCGAAUCUACACACACAUACACAUUCCAACACACCUGAGCUCGUUUCCAUAACGUCCAGGGAUUUAAUGUUGAGCCUUGUGGGGACUGUCCCCAGGCAAGGAGGUGGGCCAUAGGGUCGUCAGAGGGUUUACCUGAGGCCCUUAGUGCCAGGGGCCUCCUUGUGGACGGCGUGCUUCUCCUUCCUGAGGCACCCAUGUUGUAAUUAUGAUUGGUUGGUUUCUAUACUAUUAAACAUUGCA